AUGGAUCCCAUGUUCACCACAACUGAUUUACAAUUGCCAAGCAAUUGGACCAACUCAUCAGUGGACAAUGGAACUGAUCAGGACUGGAACCAGUUUGUGCAACCAGUUUGGAGAAUUGUUCUAUGGGCAUUCGCCUACAGUUGCAUGGUUACUGUGUCUCUGGUGGGGAACGUCGUUGUAAUAUGGAUCAUUAUGGCGCACAAACGAAUGAGAACUGUGACCAACUAUUUUCUGUUGAACCUCGCGUUUGCUGAAGCGUCUAUGUCUGCCUUCAACACCGUUAUCAACUUCAUCUAUUCAGUGCACAACGAGUGGUACUUCGGGCUGAUGUACUGCCGCUUUCACAACUUCUUCCCCGUCGCUGCUGUCUUCGCUAGUAUCUACUCUAUGACUGCGAUAGCGGUGGACAGGUACAUGGCCAUCAUCCACCCCCUGCAGCAGCGCAUGUCAUCCACAGAGACCAAGGUGAUCGUGGGGGUGAUCUGGGUGCUGGCUCUGCUUCUGGCCUUCCCUCAGUACUACUACUCAGUGACCGAGGAGCUGCCUGGACGAAUCAUCUGCUACAUCGAGUGGCCCGAAUACACAGGCUGCGACUACAAAAUUAUGUACUACGUAUGUGUGACAGUGCUGAUCUACUUCCUGCCUCUGCUGGUGAUGGGCUGUGCCUACCUGGUGGUGGGCCUCACCCUCUGGGCCAGUAAUAUACCUGGAGACUCCUCUGACCGCUACAAGGAGCAGCUCACUGCCAAACGCAAGGUGGUGAAGAUGAUGAUCGUGGUGGUGUGUACUUUUUCUCUCUGCUGGCUGCCCUACCACGUGUACUUCCUGCUCCACCUGUUCUUCCCCCUCCUGUUUGAGACGCUCUACAUCCAACAGGUGUACCUGGCUGUCAUGUGGCUGGCCAUGAGCUCUACCAUGUACAACCCUAUCAUCUACUGCUGUCUCAACGACAGGUUCCGAGCUGGCUUCAAGCAGGCCUUCAGCUGCUGUCCCUGUGUCCCCGCCGGCUCCUACGAGGGUCUGGAGCUCAAGUCCACACGUUACCUGCAGACCCAGACCAGCAUGUACAAGGCCAGCCGCAUGGAGACCAACGUGUCCACCGUGCUGCACGUGGCCGACGACCUGGAGCCUCCCAGGUUUGGGGCCCUAGCUGGGGCCGGGUGUGGGUCCAGGGCGAGGGGGGUUGGCGGAGGGGGGUUGUGUGCGAUGGCGGCACCCAGGCGCUCCUCUCUGGACCUGACUUCUAAUGGCUCCUCAUCCCGCAGCGUCUCCAAGACCGUAUCUGAGACCUCCAGCUUCUACUCUGGCAACAACCAUCCUGAGUAGAGAGGGGAGAGGACAGUCAGGCAUCGCUAAACACUAUCUCACUAUAUAUAUUUGUGUUGUUGUGUGGGUUCCAUCCAUGUGUGUCUUUGACUAUUUACAUAAUGUUCUUUCUUUGAAUGUUGGGCAUCAAGUCUACCGCCUGUGACUGAGGCUUGGUUGGUUCCCCUUCAGAGGGCAGUGUGCUAAUCCAGUGGUCCUUGGUUCAAACUAAGGCAGUAAGGCAUAUCUAGGGCACACUGCCUGGUACCUGCUGUAGCCCAGAGAGAUGAGGGCUGGGUUCAUGACUGGGUAACAAGACUGGGUCAAUACAGGACAAGACUGGAUCAAUACAGUACAAGACUGGGUCACUACAGGAUAAGACUGGGUCAAUACAGGAUAAGACUGGGUCAAUACAGGAUAAGACUGGGUCAAUACAUGAUGAGACUGGGACAAUACAGAACAAGACUGGGUCAAUACAGGAUAAGACUGGGUCAAUACAGGAUUAGACUGGGUCAAUACAGGAUAAGACUGGGUCAAUACAGGAAGAGACUGGGUCAAUAUAGGAUAAGACUGGGUCAAUGCUGAACAAGGUUAAUACAGGACACAGCACUAACUGAACCCGAUAACAUUCACACUAUCCACACACCUUCAACUAUCAGAAUGUAUCCAAUACUUAUCUUGCAAUUUACAUUUGCUUCUAAGGACCCACUCACCACACACACACACACAGUGGUGAAUGAGUUUAUAUUUAGCAGAAAAGUGGUGUGAAAAGUGGUGUGAUUACAGAGGCAGAGAAACUGCACUGUGAAGACUUGCUCUUAUACAGCAUGCUCUUAUUGACAGUAAAGGCUAGAUGGAUUGUGUUUUCGGGGACGGCUCUUGUUAGUUCUUGUAACUAGCGAUGGGAAGAUGUGCCUGGAUACUUAGCAUAAUGCAGAUAAGGGAGGAAGGGAGGCAGCUUUGAGGCCAUUCUCUCUGUAUGAGACAUCUGGGUCUCAAAUGGAACCCUAUUCCCUAUAUAGUGCACUACUUUUAUCCAGAGCCCUAUGGACCCAGUUCAAAAGUAGUGCACUAAAUAGGGAAUAGGGUGCCAUUUGGCAUGCGACCUCUGUGUGAGACUGUGAGUCCAGCGGGAGGGAGCUGUUAUAGCUGUGUUUAAUGAUUCCUGAUGUGUCACAGCAGCUACUGUCUACCCCGCCAUCUGAAACCCAUCAAGGACACCUCAUAUGUAUGUAUGAUGUUCAGCACACACAUACCCACACAAUAACACAUUCUCAAACAGACACACUGACACCCACAGUUGUUCACACACCAGACAGAGGCACACUCACCCUCCAACACACACAUGCACAUGCAUGGGCGUGUGUACACACAUACACACACCCCCACACACACUUUGACCAGAGCAAAAUGAGCACAGUAGUCAUCUCAGAUCUCCGGCAGGUUUGAUGUGGAGUUUCAGCCUGGUAACACUAGGCAACAUGAUCUAGAGGGCAGAGGGUGGGACAGGAGAGGAGGGGCAACAGAGGGGCAGCGGGGGAACACCUGUAACUUAAUA